AUGACAGUCGAAGCAAAAACGUUCACGAACAAAUCUAAUGGCGAAACAUUCACAAAAGGCACUUACAACGGUAUUGAAGUCUUACGUAGAGACAAGGAUGGUUAUGUAAAUGCAACAAAUAUGUGUCAGCAGUUUAGGAAAGACUUUAGAAGGUUGUUGGAAAAUAAGUCCUGGGAAGAGUAUUUUAAGGCAUUUUGUGAAGAAUAUACCAACCCGCGGAAAACAGCGGGUUGCUUUUUAUACAAAAUUCAUGCAGGAAUUCCUGAUGAAAUCAAACAGGUUAGAGGAAUGUAUGUAGACCCAAGACUUGUAAACUAUAUAGCAAUGUGGGCUUCUCCAAAAUAUUGCAUAGCAGUUGGAAAAAUUAUGGACUCCAUAGACAAGAAAGUUCAUGAGAAGUUAGAUGAAGAAGAACUUGAAGAUACAGUAGAGAAUGCAAAACCUUUGUUCGAAGAAGAAGUUAGAAAAAUGCAUGAAAAACAAAUAGAACAUGAACGUGAGAUAUGUU